CCGUACCCAACCCAUACCCAACCCAUACCCAACCCAUACCCAUAUUUCAAGCAUUCCGCCAAUGCCACCCUCCAUGACUACUUCGUAUGGCCAUGCAUGGCCCUCACGAGCAAUUUAGAGAAAAGGCAAAAACACGCCGCAUCAGCGAAGAGUGCAAACCUACAUAACUGUGCAUAUGCCCGCCCUGGGCCGAGUCGCGCUCUCGACCCUUUGCCCAUUGAUAUGAUAACACAGGACCUGGCCUGGGUACGUACUUUACUUGAAGCCAAUAUCGGAGGCUACUCGUGCCUACAUUGUCCGUUGGACUGAACUUUGUUGCGACUGGAUCCCGCGACCUCCCAGUUCUCUUCUCUGCUCGUCCGCCCAACAAUUGGAACACCGGCACACAGCGGUGUUCGGCAGGCACACGACACGACAUAACAUAACACGACUCAACCAAACACGCGGGAUGCAGUACCACCGGGUACGACAAGAGGUGGAUGUGGAGGAGGAGGAGGAGGAGGAGGAGGAGGAGGAGGAAGACGACGAGACGAAGGAGAAAUCCAUAUCCAUAUCCAUAUCCAGGUCUCCACCACAACAAGCGCAACCAAGUGGAAGUCGGCGGCGGGCCUUGCCACCCUUGCCCAAAAUAGAACUGCACGAUACGAAGUUUAACCCCCAAGGGAACAACAACAACGCUGGCAGCAGCAGCAGAUUUUCAGGCGAAUCGUAUUCUCCCCUUGGAGGAUUGAGCUACAUGGUCAAUUCCAUCGUGUCUCGCAGUUCCAGGAGCACCCGGAGCACGAGUUAUGAUAUGAUUGACAGCGACGACUUUGCAGACGAUGCAUCGCCCGGCCUGAGCGCGGGCAAGGGUUCACCUGAAGGGCCUGAAAGGGAAAUCUCAUGCUCUCAACCACAGCGAGGCCACAUUCCUCCAGCCACAGCAGCACGAUCACCGCCCUCCCACGAGCCAAUUGUACGAACAGCUUCAGGACACAACUUGGCUCUCCGACAUCCCACACCCGACUUGCAGGUUUUCCAGGGCGCCUACGUAGGCAAUAUCGAGCAGUUGGAGAAGACGGCAGAGCGAUUGAGCAUGACCUCUUCGAUUGAUGAUGCCAUAAAGUCCCUCCACGACGAACAAAAGCGCAGCGACAGUCGCAAAUCCUCCAUGCUGUCUUCGCAGGGCAUGCAAGCCAUAUCUCGGCAAAUGUCCAACGCCUCAUCCAUUGUCGAAGUCAAUUCCGCAGCGAGGUCGGGAGGCUACUCACCUGCAGGAUUCAUGAUGUCCCCGAAAGGCUCAUUCACUGCUUCUACUCGAGCAAGAUCUGCCUCGAAGAGUUCCCGGUAUGGUUCUCGACCAGAGCCAGAAAUGGAGGGCAGACCCCUCGACUCCUUUGUCAACAUGUCCUUUACGAAUUUCUCGUUGCCGCCCCCGUCCCCAGAUCUCAACCGUACCACAUCCAUUGCCGAACAAGAAGAACAUUCCUCGACUCUUACAAAACCAGUGGUAGAUAAACUCGACAGCCCCAAUAUGGUAGAAAGACCACCAAAACGGAGCGACGAACUCGAUCGCCCGGCUACAUCUGCGUCGAUGAAUACCAUUGAGCAGGCAAAGAUAUGGGAGGAUUUUGAUGGCAUACACAGCGCACCAAUACCACAACAGUCUGGAGAACUCCAUGAUUCGGACAUCACACCGAGACCUCGACCCAGGGCACUAUCUGGUGACAUAGAGGGUACUACGCAGGACACUCAGCGGAGGAGGACUUCUGGAAUCGGCUCCGUACACUCAGAUGACAAUACACAGCGAAGAGUAUCUUCGGGAAACAGACUUUCCAUGGCUUCUUUACCCAGACCUCAGUCAUACGCGGAUCCAAACACUGGACAACAGAUGGUCUAUUAUCCUGCUCCUGUACCAAUGAUGCUCAAUCUACCACAAAAGCUUUCUAAGAACCCUUCUUCGAUGGCAAGGAACAAGAGGCGAUCUCAAGUUCUGAGCAGCAUACCUGCAGCGGCUCGACAAUCUGCCAUUUGGCUUCCUGACGUUUUGGAGAAUGAAGAAGACAAAGAUGCUGUAAUUGAGGACGAAAGCCAGCAGCAAGAAUAUAUGGCUCAGCACCAGAGAACUAGUAUGGGCGGGCGCCGUUUGACUCAGGAUCUCUCGCACAUGCCUCCACAGCUACGAGCAAGUACCUUCUUCGAACUCCCAGGGCCAAACGAAGUGGUGGAACUGAAGGACCAGUCUGCAGUCGCAACGCUAGACAGCAUUCUUGACGCAUCUGCACAUGCACCCGUGAGUGCUUUCACAGACCACGCGUUCGCAGGACAUCUUGGUGCUGAAGUUUAUGGGCGUACACAUCUCCGCAAUAGUCGAAGUAGCAGCCAGUUACUCGAAACACAGAAAAAGCGAACCAGUUCUUUCAACAUUCUACGUGGCAAACGGAACAGCAGCAAUGACUUGCUCGCCUCAGAAAAGCGGGCUGCGACAAUGUCAGGAGUUGUUGAAAGCGCUGUUAGGAUGCCUCUUGAUGACGAUGAGGAUGAGGACAAUGUCAAAGAUACAACACCUUUGAACCAGUCUGAUGUAGGCGAUCCUCGUUCUCGUGGAGCUAGUGGUGAAUUUGAGGGCAAGGAAGAUGAGGAGUCAGAUGAUGGCCAGCGCGAUGAUGAGAUUUAUUAUGGCGCACCAACAACACUGCUCGCUGAAUUACAGCUACGGAAACAACAGCAAAAGCAGCGGACGCGACCGCUAGCCAAGGCAUACCCCAAUGGCAUGCACUCAACUCUCCUCGAAAUGGACGCUGUUGCACAAGUGGAACAGAAGUCACGAAAGGGAAAGAGAAUUAAUCUUGCUUGGGAAGAUCCAGCCCUUCAGGCUCAGGAUGAUGGAGAAGGAGAUGAUGAAGAUGUGCCUUUGGCUAUGCUAUACGCGAAGAAAUCACAAAUCAGAGACAUGAACCGGCCCAUGGGAUUGAUGGAGCGACGUGAUAUGGAGGAUAACGAGCCACUCAGUCAGAGGCGGAAUCGUCUGCAAGGUCGCCCCCUCGGAGGUCGUGCUGCGACCAUGAUGAAUCUAUCUGGACCACUUCCAGAUGAAGUAGAAGGAGAGACCCUCCAAGAGCGAGUACGUCGGCUGAAGGAAGGCGGAAAUGAACAUGGCCUUCCAACGGCGCGACCGAUUUCCGGCGACUUUGCUUCAGAGAUGAUGAGCCAGUUUGGAGGUGAUGCCCUUAACCCAAAGAACAAAGGUAAAGGCAAGGAGCUGUCCAUUUCUCCACCCCCAGAGGAAGAAGAAACUCUGGGACAACGCCGUAAACGUCUCCAGGCCGAACGCGAAGCCCGCGCUCAAGAGGUUGGCGUUAUGGGCGAAGCUCAACCACAACGACCUGAGAUUAAGACGCGUCGUAGCAUGGCCGACAUCUUGCACGCUCAUCCGUCUGCUGGUGCCGAUCGGGCGGUCAACUAUCAGAAACCUGCAACCGGCCUCUUGGGCAUGCACGAGAAGAAUACUGCACGGAGAUCCAGCACCAUGCUCAAUCUCAGUUCCCCAAACCUCCUCGGAUCGCAGGCACAAAGGGCACCUUCCGGUGGCUUCAAGAGCGGUCAGUUCAACGAUGGCCAGGGAGGUAUUGUCCCUCCGCCCCGGCCACAACAGCAAGCCCCAUAUAACAUGUAUGGCGGUAAUGGGUUCUUCCCCCAACCUAGUAUUGGCAACUUCAAUGGAUUCAACCCCAACGGCUUCAACAACCAAAUGAUGAUGCCUUUUACAAACCCGUACGCUAUGCAAAUGGGGAUGGGAUACAGUCCAAAUACCAUGCCAAUGAACAUGGCUAUGGGUAUGCAGAUGGGGCAAGGCUUGGCUCCGUUAAAUCAGAACCAGCUUGACAUGGUUGAACGCUGGAGGCAGAGCGUGAUGCAGUGA